UUAGUCAGAACAUUUGUAUAUGGCAUUUGGUUAAAAUUAGUUGCUUUCGUUUUUCAAAUUCACGUUAUUUAGACAUCAACAAUGCUUGCAUGAGCGUGGCGUCUCCUCUUUCUGUUUGCAGACGAAAUUCAAAGGAAACGGAGUAAAGUACACACACACACACACACACACACGCAUUUAUCGUGAGGGUUAACAAUUGGCGAGCAGGAUGUGCGACGUGCAGCAGCUGCUCUGCGAUCUGGGGCAGACGUUCAACAAAUUCAAGGAGCUGCGACGCAUCGAGCUGCUCAAGGUGCUCGGCCAGGUGCGUUGCUGUGAAUGCGGCCACAGGCAGCGCAUGCUGAGGGCUCGCGAACGGGCCGGCAAAUGGCCGUCGCGCACACUUCAAUUGCUUACCGCCUGCUUUAUCCUCAUGUUAGCGUUGCUCAUCUGCUGGCUACACUUGGCGCGCAGAUUCAAUCAUGCCCAAACGCACGGCAGCGGCGGCUGUCCCCCAACCUUAUUCUAUACCUACACCGACUGCGAUGUCUAUGUUUAGCAUUCGCUCAUUUCCGGUUAAUUAGAAUCGAUUUAUUGAACAGCCGCAAAUCCUGACGCCAAGCUUCCAGCUAAAGAAACUCUCCAUUUCAGUUUUCCACAUUUUGGUCAGCCCGCAAGAAGCUCUGAAUGAUUGUCAGCUUUUAGAUUGUUUUAUCAUAUAAAUUAAA